AAAAGAUCUUUCGCAUUCGCUUUCGCAAAAAAAUUUUUUUCCUUUCGUUUUCGCUAUAACCAUCUUUCGUUACAUCCCUAUUUGAUAGUACAGUAACAUAUGUGACGUGAAGUUGUUAGACGAUACUUGCCGAAAUGCGGGAAAUGCAAAUCUGUUCGGAGCGUACCCAAGAUUUCAUUCAAGUUUUUUUAACAACACGUGGAAAAGAUGACUGUCAAUUAUUCCAGCAAUUUACUGAAAAACGUUCACGAAAAUUUAACCUUGCCAGAUAGUGGUGAAACAUUCUUAGUUCAAGGAGAUUACGAGUACUGGCACUAUGGUUGCGAUGGUUUUAAUGACAGGGGUUGGGGGUGUGGAUACAGGACACUGCAAACCAUCUGUUCAUGGAUCAUAAAUAAUGAGAACUUGGAAAAAAUCGUUCCAAGCAUUAAUAAAAUACAAGAGAUCCUUGUCGAAGUGGAGGAUAAAAACAGAACGUUUAUUGGAUCGAAAGAAUGGAUAGGAAGUUUUGAAGUAUCUAUUGUUUUAAAUCAAAUUUAUGAAGCUCUUAGUAAAAUAAUUUACGUGUCGAGCGGAAAGGGAUUGAUUGAACAAGUGGAUAAGAUUAAAAGACAUUUCGAGCAAUUUGGCAGUCCAAUUAUGAUGGGCGGAGACAAAGAUUGUUCUAGCAAAUGUAUUGUAGGAUUACACGUUGGAAAUGGAGACGUGUAUUUGUUAAUUGUAGAUCCGCACUUCGUCGGAAAAGCAAAAAGUGCAGAACAUUUAAAGAACGAUCAGUGGGUAAAGUGGCAAAACUUAAAUGAUUUUAUCGAUAGCUCGUUUUACAAUCUAUGUCUACCACAGCUUAAGUAUCGCAGGUUGGACGAUAAUAAAUGA